GAACAUUUGAAGUUUCAUUUCUGAGUCUCUUAUUUCAACUGCACAGAGAUGGAAUCAAGUGUUGAGCAAACAUCACAAAUACUUCUUCAUCUCACAGCUUCAGAAGUAGAAAGCUUUAAAGAAGGACUCAACUUCUUGAGAAAUAAGGAAAAUGGGACAAAUUUUAUUAUAUUCAAAGAAGGAGAAAAAAUGCGGGCAUGCAAAAAUUUGUGCAAACAUCAAGGGGGAACUUUCAUUAAAGAUAUAGAAGAUCUGGAUUGCAGGACUGUGCGCUGUACAAAGCAUAAUUGGAAGUUGGAUGUCAGCAGUAUGAGAUAUGUCAACCCACCAGACAGCUUCUGUCAAGAUGAGCUUGUGGUAGAAAAAGAUGAAGAUGAUGGUAUUUCACUUGUUGAAUUAAGCCCCCCAAAUCCAUGGGAUACUGAUCCUCGUUCUCGAAUAGAAUUAGAAAUUGGGGAGGUUCAGGUUACAUACCUUACCCAUGCAUGCAUGGAUUUGAAGUUUGGUGACAAGAAUAUGAUAUUUGACCCAUGGCUGACUGGGCCUGCAUUUGCAAGAGGAUGGUGGUUGCUUCAUGAGCCUCCUUGUGAUUGGCUAGAAAGAUUGUGUCGUGCUGACUUGAUUUAUAUAAGUCACAUGCACUCUGAUCAUCUAAGUUAUCCUUCACUAAAGCAUCUUUCUGAAAAAAGACCUGAUGUUCCGAUAUAUGUUGGGAAAACUGAACGCCCUGUAUUUUGGUACUUGGAGAAUAGUGGGGUGAAAUUAACAAACAUCAAUAUCGUCCAAUUUGGUAUAUGGCAACAGGUAGAUGAACAUCUUAGAUUUAUGAUACUGAUGGAUGGAGUCCACCCUGAAAUGGAUACAUGCAUCAUAGCUGAAUAUAAAGGUCAUAAAAUUCUCAAUACAGUAGACUGUACUCGCCCAAAUGGUGGAAAGUUACCUGCAAAUGUUGACCUAAUGAUGAGUGACUUUGCUGGUGGGGCAUCUGGAUUUCCAAUGACCUUCAGUGGGGGAAAAUUCACAGAGGAAUGGAAAGCACAGUUUAUCAAAACUGAAAGAAAGAAGUUGCUAAACUACAAAGCUCAGCUUGUUAAAGAUCUGAACCCCCGUGUUUACUGUCCAUUUGCAGGAUACUUUGUUGAAGCUCACCCAUCAGAUAAAUACAUCAAGGAGACUAAUUUGAAGAAUAAUGCUGUGGAGCUCAAUAAACGUAUUAGUGAAAUAUGCAGUGUCAUUCCAUGGACUCCAAAACCUGGAGCUGUACUGGAUUUGGGAAGAUUAUUAAAAGACCCGACUGAUAGCAGUGCAAUAGUUGAUCCCCCUCUUGGAACGAAGAUCUAUAAGGAUUCAUGGGACUUUGAAACAUAUCUGAAUGCCAUGUUGUUAUCAUUCAAAGAUGAAAUUUUUCAAUAUCAUUCCUGGAUUAAAGAAUACUUCACUUGGGCUGGAUUUACAGGGUACAAUCUUGUAAUACGGAUGAUUGAAACAGAUGACAACUUUACUCCUUUAUCUGGUGGCUACAACUAUUUGGUGGACUUCUUGGACUUAUCAUUUCCUACUGAAAGGCCAGACCGUGAUCAUCCUUAUGAAGAAAUAAGUAGUCGUGCCACAGUCAUGAGACAUGUUGUGAAGAAUGGGCUUCUCUGGGAUGAUUUAUAUAUCGGAUUUCAAACUCGACUUCAACGUAACCCAGAUAUCUACCAUCAUCAAUUUUGGAACCAUUUUCAGAUCAAGCUACCCGUUACACCACCAAAUUGGAAUGACUUCUUGGAUCGGGAAAAAGAAAAUAGAAGUUGCAAAUUAAUGUAGACCAUGCAUGUACAGUACAUCUGUACACAAAUGCUCUUUUUACGUCAUGACUGUUGAAGGAUCCUGAACAAUUGUUUACUUGAAAGGAACACUCAUGCAAAAUGUUUUAAACACUACAUGUUUGUUAAUGUAUAUCUGAUUACUUGAAUGCUUUACUGUCUGUAGUUACUAGCAAUAAUCAGGAAGCAUCUUCCAACCCAUUACACUGCCUAUCUGGAGACAUUUGUAUGC